UUACUUUUCAUUACUGCCAAAGUAAAACUUAACCAUGGCCCAUAAAAAGAAAAUUGAAUUGUUCAUUAAUGUUAACUGUGAAAGGGAGUUUCAUUACAUCCUGAAAAAACAUAGGGAUAGCCUUAUUUGUGCAGAAAUCUACAAUGAAUUCAGCGGAUCAUGUACGGCGCUGGACCAUUUAUUUACUAGAAUCAAACUGGACUGGAGUAAUGGCAAAAUAAUACUUCUCAAAGUUCUAGCUGAUGAAAUCGAGACUUUCAAACGAUUUAGAGAAAAAAGUGAACCAAUAUAUAUUUUCAUACAUCUUAAUAAAAUAACGAAGCUUCUGCGAGGUGUAAACGCCAUCAAGCUUGCAGAUAUUGCCAGGAAAGAACUGGAAUACCAUAAGAGAGUCCAAGCGGGGGAAGAAGUAGACAGACAGACGUUUGGCUUGGACGAAGCUACGCCUGAAGAACUGGAAUGGGAACAAGAGCUUAUAAAAGAGCGAGAAAACGAGACUAAAGCGUAUGAAGCAAUAAGGUCUGUGCAACAUGAUUUACGCAAACGUCGACGUGCGGAGCUUAUGGUGCCACAUCUUAAGAACCUGAACUUCGUUCUUUUCUGGCCUCAGGCCAGGCACGCGCACUUUGAACUCUACGAGCGGUGGGACUUGAACAAUAUCAUAAUGGUGGGCCGCGAAGAGCUAGAACUCGACGAGUACAAAGCUAGAGACAUCCUGUAUAACGGCGACGCGCCCAUCAACGAGGCCUCCAUGUACGCCCUGCUUGCGGCCCCUGCUUUGGCCAUCUGUUUCCGAUGUCUGGACGAUGACGUUAAUUUUACAUCUUUAGUGCGCAAAAUCCUCUACGAGUACAUAGAACCACUAGACCCGGCCAAACCCAUGAGCGACCAACCUAUCCAAAAGACUGCUUUUAACCACUACAAAUCCUACAGUUUGACGAGGGAACAGAUAUGGCAGAAGCGACGCGAGGAGAGACAGAAACAGAAGGAAGAAGCUUUAGAAAGGCGCGCUCGACGUUUGUCUGAAAUGCAGCGGCUGGCGCGGGAGGCGAUAGAACAAGUCCUGGAGUCCAGGAGACUCGCUAAAGAACAGGAGAAGUUGCGCUUGCUGAAGAUCGGGGUAAGAUCAACCAUAAUAGUUAUGAAAAGCGCGUUCGACGUUUGUCCAAAAUGCAGCGGCUGGCGCGAUCGGGGUAAGAUCAACCAUAAUAGUUAUGAAAGGCGCGUUCGACGUUUGUCCGAAAUGCAGCGGCUGGCGCGGGAGGCGAUAGAACAAGUCCUGGAGUCCAGGAGACUCGCUAAAGAACAGGAGAAGUUGCGCUUGCUGAAGAUCGGGGACCUAGAUGGCCUUGAAAAACUGAAGGCGGAGCCUGACGAUGAAGAAGUGGACAUAGAAAUACCGCAGGAGUUACCAGACGACGAAGAAGAUUUGGACACGGAUAUAGUCGAGGAUGAAAAUGAGUAUUUUCCUCCACAGGGUUUGUUAAUACCCGGGUUUUACGCACCGCCCAAUGACAUAGCUAAGGCUAAUGGCUUGCAUAUACUAUUUCCUAAACUGGUGUUGGAGCGAGUGGAGCCAGAGCCUGAGUUCCUGCCGCCCCACGUGGUCGCCAUGCUGGAAAUUGGGAAGCGGUACAAAGCGAUUGCCGCACUGACUCCGAGGAGACAAGCUGUCAUACACAUGGGCAUAUUCAAAGCUACGGGACCCACAGAUGCCGUGCACAUAGCCUACAGCGUGGCGCAAUUUGACGAAAUUAAAGAACAAUUUGAUGAGGACUCUGUAAUGAUAGCCUUCAUGCUGUCAAUAAAGUCGGACCUGGCGCUGCUGGGACUGAUGGAUCUGACCCCGGCCCAUGUGAGCCGAGACGAGCACGCCGGCGAGGUAGAGGCGACCCGAUUAUUCCCGGUGUACUACUGCGAUCCCAGAGAGUUCGAGGACUUUGAACGGACAGGAAAUUAAUAUAGAUGUACCUUUUAUUUCCUUAAAUAUAAAUCGAUGUCAAACAAAA